AUGAAGAAGAAAAUCAUGGUGCUAUUAGAAGAUCUUCAUUCUGGAAAACUUUCCAAGGAUGAAGAAGAAAAUCAAGGUGCAGGUGAAGCUAAUAAAGAAGCAGAUCUUCAAUCUAGAGGACUUUCAAACGUUGAAGAAGAAAAUCAAGAUACACUACUUGAACAACGUAUACACCAAGAACUCCAAAAUGCGAUCAACAAAGACCUUCUCUUUAAAGAGCUCGUCAAGUCACCACAAACCAUCGUCAAAGAUAUCAGGACGUACAUCAAAAGUUACCGUCAGACUUCAGGCUUUGAGAUCAGCACUUGCAACGACAAGAUCCUUCAGGUUAUAUACAAGAACAGUGAGCAAGUACUUUUGGAAAUUGGUAAAUUGAAAGCAUUUGCUCGUAGUAAUCAUAACACCUUCCCGGUGUCAUCAAGGGCUGAUGCCAACCAAAAAUACAACUUCGAGCUCGACCGCCAUGUGCUAGAAAAGGAGGAUGCACAAAGAAAAAGAAAGAAUGAACACAAGUUUGAAGUCCUCGACGCUCUUCUCACUAUCAUUUACGAGUUGUGUAUGAAGGAGAUAACCACGGAAAUUCGUACCGUCUAUUACCGAAAUCCUGAACUCUUCAAAAGUCGAGACAAGGUCAGUGCAGCCAUUGGCGAUCUAUGCUGUAUGAUUGGCUGCACUAGAUCUAGCCUUCAUGUCUAUGCAAGUGAAAAGGGUAUUGUUUUCGGUAAUAUUUCUUUCAGUGUGGGAAGUCAGCGGUAUAACUGUACUACCGGCGGCAUUAAAGGAACACCGAUCCCGUCAAAGACCGAUAAGAUUAAAAGUAUGAAAAAUAAGGAUGCACUAUUUAUAUUAGUCGUGGAGAAAGAGACAGUAUUUCAACGAUUGGUCGAGGACGGAUUUUGCAGAAAGUAUCGCUGCAUCUUAAUAACAGCAAAAGGCAUGCCAGACGUCGCAAGCAGAUUCUUUUUGAGAAAAAUGUGGAGUGAGUUUCAGCUUCCUGUGUUUGCACUUGUGGACUUCGAUCCAUAUGGAUUGAAGAUUCUUUCCGUCUUCCGUAAUGGGUCGAAGAACAUGUCUUUUGACAGUGAGAAUCUCACCACACCAGAUAUUAAGUUGAUAGGUAUGCUGCACAAGGAUAUAGAAAGAUAUCAAAUACGUGAAGAUUUUAAGUUGAAGAUGACUGAUUUUGAUAUAAAGACUGCAAGAUCAUUGUUGAAGAAACCAUAUAUUAGUGAGGAAGAAAAGGAGGGGCUGCGGUAUAUGUUGGACAACGGAAUAAAGUGUGAAGUCGAAGCUUGGUAUUCUCAUGGCAUUGAAUUUUUGUCGAAGGUAGUUUUGCCCCUAAAUAUUCAGAACAUGGUUGUUCCCGGCCAGCCAAGUGCUUGA